AUGAUUCAGUUUGCCAGAGACCUUUGUGGCGGCACACUUGCUGCUCGGAGCGUGUGCCCCGGGUACAGCACACCUUGGUGGCUCGAUGGCGGCUCCAAUGGUGGCUUCAGUAGGGGCUCCAAUAGGGGCUCCAAUGGCGGCUCCAAUAGGGACUCCAAUGGCGGCUCCAAUAGGGACUCCAGUGGCGACUCCAAUAGGGGCUCCAAUAGGGACUCCAAUGGCGGCUCCAAUAGGGGCUUCAGUGGCGACUCCAAUAGGGGCUCCAGUCGCAGCUUCAAUAAGGGCUCCAAUGGCGGCUCCAAUGGCGGCUCCAAUAGGGACUCCAAUGGCGGCUCCAAUAGGGACUCCAAUGGCGGCUCCAAUAGGGACUCCAAUGGCGGCUCCAAUAGGGGCUCCAGUGGCGGCUCCAAUAGGGGCUCCAGUGGCGGCUCCAAUAGGGACUCCAGUGGCGACGCCAAUAGGGACUCCAGUGGCGACGCCAAUAGGGACUCCAGUGGCGACGCCAAUAGGGGCUCCAGUGGCGGCUCCAAUAGGGACUCCAAUGGCGGCUCCAAUAAGGACUCCAGUGGCGGCUCCAAUAGGGACUCCAGUGGCGGCUCCAAUAGGGACUCCAAUGACGGCUCCAAUAGGGACUCCAGUGGCGGCGCCAAUAGGGACUCCAAUGACGGCGCCAAUAGGGACUCCAGUGGCGGCGCCAAUAGGGACUCCAGUGGCGGCGCCAAUAGGGACUCCAGUGGCGGCUCCAAUAGGGACUCCAGUGGCGGCUCCAAUAGGGACUCCAGUGGCGGCUCCAAUGGCGGCUCCAAUAGGGACUCCAAUAGGGGCUCCAAUAGGGACUCCAAUAGGGACUCCAAUAGGGACUCCAAUAGGAACUCCAAUAGGAACUCCAAUAGGAACUCCAAUAGGGACUCCAAUAGGGACUCCAAUAGGGACUCCAAUAGGGACUCCAAUAGGGACUCCAAUGGCGGCCCCAUUGGCGGCCCCAAUGGUGCCUCCAAUGGCGCCUCCAAUGGCGGCUCCAACGGUGGCUCCAUGGCGGCCCCCCCGGCUUCUCACAGCAUGUGUCCCAAUAUAGUGCACCGAGCCGGGCUACAGCAGCUGCCUCCUCCUGCUGUAUACUCUGGUUCUUACCUCCAGGAAGUGGAAUUGUGCUCGCUGUUCGAGUUCGGGGCUCCUGGUUUUGAACUGGGGAUGCAGUGA